AUGGCAGUGCUCUCCAUUGUGUCCACAGUCUUGUCCGGCAUUCAACCAGCCAGCAAAAACAUUCUAGAUGCCCCAUUGGCAACCACACAGCGUCCAGUCUUCACCGAAGCGGACACGCAGGAGAAAGAGGCUUCUGCUCCUGACACAUCUAUUAUGAGCCCUUCCGGAUUGUCUCACGUGGCAGAAGAUUCUGUCCCGUCUGUAGCUCAAGCAGCUGCUCAUCUGCUGUUAAUGGAAGCUAUGUGGGCGUGGAAGCGAAAUGCAACCAGUGGAGAGACAGCCAUAAAACUGCUUGCCUUGCUCUCGGCGAACAGUGUAGACCCGCAGUCAAACCAUGAGAAAAUUCACAGUCAGUUAUUGGCCGGUCUUAUGGAGGUUGCUAUUCCUCGAUUCUACUCGUGGUGGCAUGCAGUCAACCAGAAACUUUCAAAUACGAUUCCUGAGGAAGGCUUCUUGGAGCUACCUGGCAAUCUAUUACCUCCUAUGGAUGUUAUGAUAAUCUGGCACGCGUAUAUGCUACAGCCUGUUAUUUACGAGGACGACUGUUCUCGGCUGGACGUACCUCAUAUGCGCCGGGUUCUGUUCCCCUGGAAGGAAGUGGUUAAUGCAAUCGACAUCAGGACGACCGAAUACUGCAUCUCUUCUGCUGCCAGGGACUUCUUUGAAAAGACUUCCGGACAAUCAGCCGAUCUUCUUGAAGAGCUCUGUAACAAAGCGCAUCCGCUAGUGUACGAUAUGAACUGUCCAUACUGCCACACCACCAGAAAUUUACCGAUCAUACCCACCGCUCAAACUGAAGAUAUCAACCAAGGCUUCGAGCUAGGAUGCGAUUGCGGCUACGCACCGUCCGUGGACGCACUCCGCAGCGAUCUUCUUCAUCUUCGCCAAACCAGAGAGUCCCGACUACGGGGAACAUAUUCAAACCCUGCUCUCGCUCAAGCAUUAUAUCCCCUAUCAAGAGCACUACCACUGUCUAUCCUAGAGUCCUGCACCACGCGCGAACGCUUCCUCCAAGCUAUCCACACCGCAAGCUACGAAAGCAACACACCAAAAUGGGCAGUAGAGACAUUGCUAUCAUUCUACACACCAACCUCCCCAGUGACACAAGCAUCAUCAGCUCACUACUCCUCAGUACUGCGCGCAACAUGCUUCAUCGACGAGAUGCACAAGAAAUGCUGGCUGCGUUCACCAGCCCUCUGCUGUCAGUCUACAACCACUCUAUCAAAACUAAUUGGUACCCUGCCACGAGCACAGCAGAAAUAUCGAAAUUUUCUAAAAUUAGCUCAUCCGUCAAAUUGCCUAUAUGUUACCCCGACAUCAGACGUGGAUCUAUUCUGGUACACGCACCAGCUCUCUCCAGAACCUUAUCACCGGUUCUGUAUUCGACAUGUAGGGAAGUUUAUGGAUCAUAAUGACAACGUGAUGCAUAAAAACCUGAGUGGCUCGAUCAAGGCUACUCAGAGGGCUUAUUCACAGCUUUUCAAAGAGGAGUAUGAUGCCUGUCUUUGUUGGUCGUGCGAGAUAGAGCGGAAUGAUCAAGUAGUUGCUACGUCUGAUGAUGGGACAUCAUCAGCAUCAUCAAGGACGCAGGACUACCAGGGCUGGGUUCGCCGAGUUGUCGUUAUGUUUUGGCAGGAAGUUGAGGCCCGGCGCGAAAAGGGACUGCCGGGAUUGAAGAAAGAAAGUCUAGAGGAGGUUUUGGCGAAGGGACCUCGCAGACGGAGUUCAUUGGUGUCUCUUCCUUCUUCGCUCAAAGCAUGGAGAUGA